AUGCUGAGUACGUACCGGAGGAUCAUCGGCGCGGUGAAGGACAAGACUAGUAUAAGCCUAGCUAAAUUCUCAGGCAAUGUCGCGCCGCCGGACCUCCAAGUUCUUGUGGUGAAGGCGACUAGCCAUGACGAUGAUCUGUGUGACGAGAAGUACACAAUGGAGAUUAUAAAUCUAACCUCACAAUCCAAAGUUUACUUGAACGCGUUCGUUUCCGCGAUUUCGAAGCGACUGAGUAAGACGCAUGAUUGGAUAGUUGCUGUGAAGUCAUUGAUUCUAGUCCACAGAAUGUUAAAAGAAGGGGAUCCAUUUCUAGGGCAAGAGAUUUUGAAUGGAAGUCGUAAGAAAGGUACUAGGACUAUUAGGGUUUUGGAUAUGUCAGAUUUCUACAAUGUGAACCACUCGAAUUGCUGGGAUCACUCUGAUUUCGUUAGGGCUUAUGCUAAAUACCUUGAUCAGAAACUCGAAUUCAUCGUUUAUCGGAUGAAAUUGACUGGUGGCUAUGAUGGAAAAGGGUUUUUCCCUGCUAGAGAAAUGAACUCAGAGAUGAUUCAUGAGAAAUUGAAUCAUUUGCUGAAACUUUUAGAUAUGUUAUUGCCUUGCAGACCAACAGGGUUAGCUAAGAGUAAUAUAAUGAUCCUGUCUGCUUUAUACCUUGUUUUGAUGGAAAGUUUUUCACUUUACUAUCAUCUUUGUGAAGUUUUGGAGGUUUUACUUGAUAGAUUCCCUAAAAUGUGUUAUGAUGAUUCUGCAAUUGCAUUUGAUGCAUUUGUUAAAUCUGCCAAGACGAUGGAUAAACUCCGACUACUCUACAGCUUUAGUAAAGAUCUUGGGAUCAUAGGAUCAUCGGAUUUCCCACAAGUGAAGAAACUAACCGACAAUCUCUUUGAAACCCUCAAAGGUUUCUUAAAGCAUAAUACAACCAACAUACCGCAAAACACCCAGAAUGAGCCAUUGCAUGAAUUCAUGGCAUUAUCGGAGGAUUUGGUGAGUUUGAGGGUUUCUUGGGCUUCAUAUCAUAGUAACAAAGUGGAAUUGGCUUUGUUUUCUAAGACAGUGAUGAAUAGAGAUGGGUCAUGGGAGGCUUUCAAUUCACAAGUUGAUCAAGUUAUAACUUCUGAAAUGGGUAAAGAUGAUUGGGAACUAGCUUUGGUUGAUCAGUCUACUAGCAGUUUAUUGAACAAAAAACCCGAAAUGGGAGGUGGUCUCGAUUCUCUUCUUUCUAAGACAGUGAUGAAUAGAGAUGGGUCAUGGGAAACUUUCAAUUCACAAGUUGAUCAAGUUAUAACUUCUGAAAUUGGUAAAGAUGAUUGGGAACUAGCUUUGGUUGAUCAGUCUACUAGCAAUUUAUUGAACAAAAAACCCGAAAUGGGAGGUGGUCUCGAUUCUCUUCUUUUAAAUGGAAUGCAUGAAGAUCCGUUCCAAGCUUCGCCAUCUGUUCCUCCACCUGCUUAUGAUCAGAUAGCUGACAUGGAAAUGAAACAGCAUUUCCCAGCUCGAAACAGCAACAAUAUGGCUUAG